AAAUCAUUAGGCGGACCGAAAUGAUAUGUUACCUAGUUGGGCGAACGAUGUGUUUCCCGAUGGUACAAUGUACAACAUCACCUUGUUGGAAUACGAUCUUCUUUCGGCGACUUCUCUGCAGAGACAAUUGAACGGCGGAACUCUUUUGGGAGAGAUUAUCAGUAACUCGUUGAGCUAUAUAAUAGGUGACAUACCGAAGGAACGAAAAAUGAUGUUGUAUAGCGGUGACGCAAGAAAUAUCGUUGGCGUGCUGAAGAAUCUUGAUCUUUGGUCCCCUCACAUUCCCAACGAAGCGGCUGCGUUAAUAUUCGAACUAUACUUCGAUAACGACACGAAUAUUUACGGAAUGAAGAUUAAUUAUUAUACGGGAAUCGAUGACACGAUGAUCGUUCUGUCGCUACCAAACUGCACAGACAUAUGUCCACUACAGACUUUAAUAAAUGCCACUAUCGAUCUAAUACCUCAGGACUCACGAUCUUUAUGUGGCUGGUUUAUUAAGAGCUUAACGGAAGAUUUGUCGGAGAAGAAGGAAUUUAACUCGUCAAAUCACAAUGGAUUUGUUUCGUAUCAGAGCAAAACUUUAAUAUUUAUUUCAGCUUUCUUUACAGUAAUUGUUCAAUAUUUAAAGUAACCGCGCGUACACUAAAAUU